AAAAAGUCAUUGGCAGAAAAUGGCGGAGAGUGCACUAUAUGUGGAGAUCUUCAGGCUGUCACUUCUGAACUGUCAGACGUUUCUGGUGCUCUGUCUUGCCUUUCUUUUGUCGUUCUUGUUUCUAAGACGUCCUAGGAACCUUCCUCCUUACCCUGCAGGAUGGUGGCCUGUCUUCGGGCACCUCUUCUCCUUGGGCCGAGCGCCACACCUGAAGUUUACGGAGUGGAGGCGGCAGUACGGGGACGUGUUCACGGUGAGAUUUGGGCUAAACGACGUGGUGGUUCUGAACGGCUACACGGUCGUGAAGGACGCACUCGUGAGCAGGUCCGAACUGUUCGCCUCCAGGCCGCCGAGUUACGUAUUCGACAUUAUUACUGGUGUCGGAAAAGGUCUUGUGACUGCAAGAUGGGGACAUGGUUACAAACAGAAAAAGAAAUUCUCCAUAAGUGUCUUGAGAACCCUGGGAAUGAAAGUCGGAAAGAAUAGCGUUGAAGACAAGAUUAAAGAAGAAGCAAUGUGUAUGUGUGAAAAGAUUGCAGAGUACAGGGGAAAGCCAUUCGACGUUGAGGAAGAAAUACGAACCACAAUAGCCAACGUCAUUUGUUCCAUGAUCUUCGGCAACCGUUUUGACUAUGGGGAUGAGAAGUUUAGAGAACUGGCAGAAGCCAUGAUCGUCACAUUGGUGAGCAUUACAUCUGGACAGCUGAUCAGCAUCUUCCCUUUCCUGCGAUUUGUUCCAUAUGUGAACAAGGCUUGUAACGAUGCAGUCAAGUACAACGAAAAGAUCCUAAAGUUCAUCAGGGAAGAGAUAUCUCGCCAUCGCCGUGACCUCGACCGCGAGAAUCCACGAGAUUUCCUCGAUUUCUGCCUGAUUGAAGUGGACAGACACGACAAGGUAGACAACCUGACAGAAGAGAAUGUGAUGCAUGUUGUUCAAGAACUUCUCUUUGGUGGAAUCGACACCACUACUAACACACUCCGAUGGGGGCUCAUGUACAUGAUCCUGUACCCAGAUGUCCAGAAAAAGGUUCAACUGGAGAUUGACGCAGUUGUUGGAGGCACCCUGCCCACCCUGUCCCAUCGCUCCCAGCUGCCUUACACGGAAGCUACAGUGAUGGAAGUACAGCGUCUCCGCUUCGUGGUUCCUCUUGGUUUGCCACAUGCUACCACACAACAGGUCAAAGUUGCUGGGUUCGACAUUCCGGCUGGAACUCAAGUCCUGAUGAACCUGCACUCUCUUCACGUGGACCCUGUUUACUGGCCGGAUCCGGACCGGUUUGACCCCGGCAGGUUUCUGGACACAGACGGACGCGUCAAUAGCAAGCUGGAUUCUUUCAUGCCGUUCUCAGGAGGACGCCGUGUGUGCCCCGGAGAGCAGCUCGGCAAGAUGGAGCUGUUUCUGCUGUUCUCCAGCCUGCUGCAGCACUUCACCUUCAAGCUGCCAGAGGGCGCCCCGCCUUUGUCUACUGAAGGGACAUUAGCGAUCACACUCAUGCCACACGCGUUUGAACUUUGUGCUAUUCCUCGAUAAGUCGUAACUACUAGUAAUGGCGUGAUUGUAUGAUUAUAUGCUACAGGUAAACCAAGGGUAAGUUGUACUAUAAGAUAGCAACCACGACAAUACUUAGCCCAUUAGAAAUAUUGUCAUUAAAAACUGAAGUAUUUGAAAAUAAUAUCGUACCCUCUGUAAUACAAUGUCCAAAACUAUGGACACGCAUGAGGCAUGUAUGUAUGUAUGUAUAAAAGCGCUUGUGCCGAAAAGCUUCUAGAUAUUGUUUUUACAUUGCUAUACAGCUUGUUAUCGUUAAUAGGCUUAUUAGGUUUGUCAUCUCUGCUUUGUAUGAUCUGUAUACACUACGUUAUGAAAUAUGUUGUAAUACGUACGUAUUGCACAUUGAAAUUGCCUGCGACAUUACACAUACGAAGUAAUCA